UCUCUCCACACUCAAAAACCCUGGCACCAGUUCUGUUAAACCCUAAUCAACAUCGUUACUCACUGACCUAAGCUCCAUUGUUGCUGCUUUGCCUCGAGAGCUAAGCUUAGGUCUCUCUCUGAUCAGAGCAUGGGCUCCAACAAGGUAAACCAUAGCGAUAAGAAGAAAAAGAACAAGCCUUCGGACUCCAACAGCCAUGGCGGCGGACCCGAUGCUAAGAUCAUUACUGACUCCAGGUUCGCUUCCGUACACUCGGACCCUCGGUUCCAGAGGGCUCCAAAGCAUAAGUCGAAGGUGGAGAUUGACUCGCGUUUCAAGCGUAUGUUCACGGACAAGAGAUUCACAUCGUCUUCUGCUCCGGUGGACAAGCGAGGCAAGCCUAAGAAGCAGAAUUCCGAUAAUUUUUUGCGGAAUUACUAUCGAAUUGAAGAAAAUAAAGGCGAAGUAGAAAAAGAAGGACAAACUGAGGAUGAUGAUGAAGAAGAAGAAGAAGAGAGUAAAGGCCAGGAAUUGGUGAAACUCGGUGGAGAUGAAUCGGAGACGGAGCCGAGUGGUGAGUCAGACGCCUCUGAAUCGGAGGAGGAUGACGUGGAGAGUUGGGAAUCGGGCUCCUCCAUUGAUACCGAUGAAGAUGAAGAUGAAGCGUUUGAUGUGGAAUACGAGCCCGAGGAACCGGAGGAACAUGUACCUGAAAUCGAAAAAGAAACUCACAGGCUUGCUGUUGUUAACAUGGAUUGGCGACAUGUUAAGGCUGUUGACUUGUUCAUGAUGUUGAGCUCCUUUCUUCCUAAAGAUGGGCAUAUGGUAUCCGUAACUGUCUAUCCAUCUGACUUUGGAAUUCAGCGUAUGAAAGAGGAGGAAACUCAUGGUCCCGUCGCCCUCUUUGAUGAUGAAAAUGAGAAAAAUGGCAAUGAUGAUGAUGCUGAUAAUGACGAUGACAAUGAUGAUGAGAUAGACAACGAAAAAUUGCGUGCUUAUGAGAAAAGCAGGCUAAGGUAUUACUUUGCUGUGGUGGAAUGUGACUCAGUUGCUACAGCAGAUUACCUUUACAAAGCUUGUGACGGGGUUGAGUUUGAAAGAUCAUCGAAUGUACUUGAUUUAAGGUUCAUUCCUGAUUCGAUGGAAUUUAAACACCCACCACGUGACGUUGCAACAGAGGCCCCUGCAAAUUACGUUGGUUUAAAUUUCCAAACUAAAGCUCUCCAACUCAGUAAUAUCAAUCUUUCUUGGGAUGAGGAUGAACCAGAUCGUGUAAAAACCUUGAAAAGAAAGUUCGAUGCUGAUCAGCUAGCAGAAUUAGAGUUGAAGGAGUUUCUUGCUUCUGAUGACAGUGAAAGCGAGGAAGAAGCUGAGGAUGGUGAAGCUGAGGUUAAGAGUGAUAAAAAGCAGAAAAAGCGAGAUUUGUACCGAGCUUUACUUGAGUCCGGUAAUGGUUCGGAUGGAGAUGAGGAAGAGGAUGACCAGGACAUGGAGCUCACUUUCAAUACAGGCCUGGAGGAUAUAAGCAAGCGAAUUCUAGAAAAGAAGGAUAAGAAACAAGAAACAGUUUGGGAGACCAAGCUCAGAGAACAACGAGAGAAGAAGAAGCUUAGAAAGCAUAGAUCUAAGAAUUCAUCCGAGGAUGAAAGUAGUGAUACUGAUCAAGAGGCGAUAGACGAACCAGGUGACUUUUUCGUUGAAGAGCCUUCUGACGAAGAAGAGCCCAAGAAGUCUAAAGGUAAAAGUAAAAAACGGAAGAAGCAAGAAGAUACUAAUCGGCAAGCUGAAGCUACCAAAGACGAGCUUGAGUUACUACUUGCUGAUGAUACCAUGGGGGGUACUGGUGCUAAGGGUUAUAACUUGAAACGUAGGAAGGGCAAAGAUGGGAAAAAGAUUAAACUAACUUUAGAAGAGGACAAAAUACCACCAAUUGUUGAGGACCCCAGGUUCUCCUCUCUUUUCAGUUCCCCUGCUUUUGCUCUUGAUCCCACUGACCCGCGGUUCGAAAGGAGUAGCGCGACUUAUGCUCGGUUAGUCUCGCAACAAAAGCAGAAGGCGCGGGAAGAGGAGCUGCUUGCACCUGUAGAACCACAAGCUAUCACAGAUGAACAAGUGAAAUCUGAUGCUGCUGGGUCUUCUAAGAAAGAGAAGGACGAGUUGUCGGUGUUGGUUAAAAUGGUUAAGACUAAAUCGAAGCAAGUUAAAUUACCUUCGAAUGAGAAGUCAGGGAAGAAAGACAAAAAUUUGCAGUCUAAUGACAAGGACCAAAGAAAGAAAAAGAAACACAAGAAGGAGAAGCAUGAAUUGUCAACAUCGGUUGAAUCAGUGAAGAAGGGAAAGACCAAAGCUCAAAAGAAAUCAAAAUAAAAAAAAUAAGAGAAACCCAUAAAUGGUAAUCAAAUUUUGUUCUAGCUCAAAUUUUGUUCGAGAAUUUGUAUUUAUGAUCAGUACAUAAAUUGUUUAGGCAAUGGAUUUAUCAUUGUGAGGUCUGAGUUUGACAUGCAGGUUUUUCAUUCUUCAUU